AUGAGGUGCAUUUGGAUAUGUGCUAUGCAGGUAUGUGUACUCAGACAUAUGUGCAUAUGAAUGAACAAAUGUGGGUUGAUUCUAAGACAUGGCAGGACUGUAGAGAAAGCAAUCAUUGUGGGAGCAGGGAGAAGCCCCUCCUCCCUUCUUCCUCACCCUGGCCAGGGCCAGGAGGUGGGGGACAUGGUGGGUAUUGACCUUUGGCUAUGGGGGUGGGAGAACACUUCCUUUGUGUAAGAUUAACGGAAAAUGGAACCCAACUCAGUAGGCAUCAGCCCCCGGUCAGGCAGCACCACCCCUUCCCUGGGCAGGGGUGUGGGUGGAGAGGCCAUGGGUUCCCCAGCCACUCUGCUAGGCCAAGCCCAGCAAAUGGCUGCCUUGGCAACCCCUCAGGGAUGACGACACUGCCAUGCUCUGUGGCAGGCAUAAUGUCGCCACUGUGCCUGAGACCAACACCCACAUCAGGCUGUAAACAUGCACUCUCGUCUGCUGGGCCUGAGUUUCUGUGGAGUGGCAACCUCUGUGACCUGGGAGGCUCUGGACAGAGUCAGGAGAUUGCUGUGUGCACACCGCUUCCCAGCCUGUCAAGAAGGCUGGCUGCCUCGCAUCUCUUCUGCUGUGAUUGCUGCCACCUGGGUUACCAUGGAGAGAGGUGCCAUGGGCUGAGCCUCCCAGUGAAAAAUCGUUUAUAUACCUAUGAUCACACGACCAUCCUGGUUGUGGUGGUCGUGGUGCUGUCAUCCGUCUGUCUGCUGGUCAUCGUGGGGCUUCUCAUGUUUUGGUACCACAGGAGAGGAGGUUAUGACGUGGAAAAUGAAGAGAAAGUGAAAUUGGGUAUGACUACGUCCCACUGAGAGAAACCUGUGCUCAAGGUAAUGGUCCAUCCUUUGCCCAAUGGUACCAUCACCACCUUUCCUGGAUCUGUUUCUAGGCAUGCUGAAUUCUUCUCUUGACCUAGGAGUUAGGGGUUGGGCUUCUAUGGAGUCAGGGUCCCACUGCAGAAUUGUUUUCAAAAAGGUUCUCAGUGCUGCAUCUCCACUUAGGGUGGAAGUUGCUAGAGAGAUACCCAAGACCAGUGCCUGAGAAGACAGCUUCUCUCGUCCUUGUCUCUUCUCCUUCCCACCCCUUCCCAGAGAUCUUUCCACUUCUUUUUUUUUUUUUUUUUUGCGGUACGCAGACCUCUCACCGUUGCGGCCCCUCCCGUUGCAGAGCACAGGCUCCGGAAGCGCAGGCUCAGCGGCCAUGGCUCACGGGCCCAGCCGCUCCGCGGCAUGCGGGAUCCUCCCGGACCGGGGCACGAACCCGUGUCCCCUGCAUUGGCAGGCGGACUCUCAACCACUGCGCCACCAGGGAAGCCCUCUUUCCACUUCUUAAAGCUGGACCCAGGAGACUCUUAAGACCUCUUAAGCUGGAUCCAGCUUUAAAUGCCUUCUUCUUGUGCUUAGGAAUCAGCUGGGGACUGCUACCUCUGAGAAGAUACAAGUUGAUGACAGACUCUGCAGAGGGGAAGGACUUCACAACCAGCCAUGAAGAUUCCUUCAUCCCCAGUUGCCAUCUAAAUUGGGCCUCCCAUAACUGCUUUGCCAAAAUACCAGAGCCUUCAAGUGCCAAACAGGAUAUGUCCAUAUGUCAGAAGAAAGCAAAAGUGAGGGACCUUCGUGCCCUUCUGAUUCUCCUCCACCAAGCCCUACUUACCCCCAUAAGUUUGUUUAAACACUUAUCUUCUGGAUUAAAAUGCCAGUUAAAUUCCAUAUGCUCCAGGAUCUUUGCCUGAAAAAAAAGGAAGGAGAGGAAGAAAGAAAGAUUCGGGGACUGGAAGAAAGUAACAAAGAUUGAGAAGCCAUGUGCUCAACAAGCCACCAAGGGAUCUGCCAUUUGGACCCUUCAGUGCUGAAUUUGAUGAGUUAACUGUGAAAUACCAUAAACCUGAGAACUCUGAAUUUUGGGACUUCUACCCAGAUGGAAAAAUAACAACUAUUUUUGUUUGUUUGUUUGUAAAAUGCCUCUUAAAUUAUAUAUUUAUUUUAUUCUAUGUAUGUUAAUUUAUUUAGUUUUUAACAAUCUAACAAUAAUAUUUCAAGUGCCUAGACUGUUACUUUGGCAAUUUCCUGGCCCUCCACCCUGCAUCCCCCACCCUCUGGCUCAGCAUUAGUCUCCCCUGCUGCAAAUGUGAGAUGGCUCUGUGAUCCAUCUGUAGUAAUCUAUUGUCUGUCCACAUUUCGGAAGAUCUUCCAUGAUCUGAGUGCCACAGGGGGAGUUCUGUAUGGUCAGGCUGUAGGAAUUAACUUUGUCAGAUCCACUCUAUGAGUUGGACGACAGUCUUGCCUAGGCGAUUGUGUCUACCGUUUGUGUUUUGAAAGCCCAAGGUGCUGAUGUCAAGAUGUAACAGAUAUCGGUAUUCCCCUGUGUCCUCUCCCUGCCCAGUCUCAGAAGAAGUUGGGCUUCCAUGCCUGAAGCUUUCCUGGCCCCUCACCCUCCACGGGUCCAGGUCCACAGAGUGGGAACUCACUGUCCCUUGUGUCAAGACAUUUCUCUUAUCCUGCCAUUCUUCUGGUGCUACUCCAUGCAGGGGUCAAUGCAGCAGAGGAUAAUCUAGAAAAGCUAUUAGCAAAGAAAAAGGCUGAGGAGGAACAGGAAACAUUGGAGCUGACUGUUCUUAGUAAUUGAUAACCUACCAAUUGCUACAGAGAAGGUUGGAGGUGAGGAGGGCUUUUGUGUAAACCCACCCACCUCACCAAAACUACAAAGGUAUGCUGUCGUGGUCCCUUCUGGAAGUUUCUGGUGCCAUUACUGAACUGUUACAAACCUGAAUUUCCAAACUUGGUUUAUAUUUAUACUUUGCAAUUCAAAUAAAGAUAACCCUUACUCCAUA